CUCCUGAAAAAUCUUACAUAUCAAACCACGUUCCUGCAAUGACGUCAUUCGAUUGUUUUCUCUCGCUCGCUCUCUUUCUCUCUCUUGUGCUCUUUGGUAUUGUGAUCGCGAGCAUGAAUGUCAGAGCUUUUCCUAUGUAUUGCACGAGCUGCCUCUGUCGUGCAAGUUCUCUCUGAUAGCAUAAACGGGUUUUUCUGGUGUGUGCCGUGGUGUGUAGCAGAAAGCAUUAUUGGAAGAAGUUAAAGCUGGCUACUACGGUGCUAGGGCCCAUAAUACUUGGCACUACCAGCCAGAUAGCUUGCGUAUUUAGCACGAACAAGACAUAUAAGGAACUAACAGAGAUUACAAAUUGUACGGUCCCGCGAGGUUAAUCAGUGUUUUAGUUGAUUCAAGUUGCAAAAAAAAAUCGUCUAAUAUCGACGCAAUCGAAGCUCUGCUAAUAUGUUGACAGCUGUGUAAACAGAAUACGUGGACGCUUGAAAAUGAAAACCACCUAAAUUGCAUGAGCUUACUCACGUACUUUGGGUUCCCUGCUGGUUGACGGCCCGAUAAAUACUCGCAGGUUGGUGUUAUAUUCUUGUCAGCCGUGAAAAAUAAGGCGCAAAUGCUGUGAAGUGAAACGGUUUGUCGUGGUGCUGAACGAAUAAACAAAUAAAUAACAGGAAAAUAGCUGUAAAUUUUCCAGUGCUUUGUGUCGAAAGUUGCCUGUUUGACGAGUGUCCCACAAAUAAAACGCCAAGAUGUUGGCGAGGCAGGAAAACUUCCAUAUGGCAGUAUCGGUUCUUACCAUCCUAUCUGUUGCUGUAAUGGCGAGGCUGGUCAGUGGGUUGGUGGAGAACAACAGCUCGGAUACGACAGUUUACUCAGUGGGACGAUUUCCGUUUCUGAUGCCGAAGGUGAUACCGUACAGGCCCGAGCUUUACCUUUGCACACCCGUCAAGGUUGACUACAGCAAAAAUUACUACAUAGUGGGCUUCGAGCCAAACGCAACGAUGGCUACGGCACAUCACAUGCUGCUGUACGGCUGCGGAGAACCGGGUUCGGAAUCCGCCGUUUGGAACUGUGGCGAAAUGGCCAAAAGCGACGACGAGAAGGAGGAAUCGGGAAGCCCGUGCGCCUCCGGGUCCCCCUCCCAGAUCAUCUAUGCUUGGGCCCGUGACGCACCGAAGCUCGAGCUGCCGGACGGCGUGGGCUUCAAGGUUGGCAAGGAUUCCCCCAUCAAGUACAUCGUGCUGCAGGUUCACUACGCUCACAUCGACAAGUUCAAAGAUGGCACAACGUCGGAUGAUUCCGGUAUAUUCUUACACUAUACUUUAAAACCGAUGCACAAACAGGCCGGUGUGCUACUUCUCGGCACCGGUGGUUACAUUCCACCGAUGAAGGUUGAACACAUGGAAACGGUUUGCGACAUUCGCGAGAACAAAACCAUUUAUCCCUUCGCAUACCGAACGCAUACGCAUAGUCUUGGUAAGGUGGUUUCAGGCUAUCGGGUGCGCGUGGAUGACAACGGUGAUGACCACUGGACGCUGUUGGGAAAACGUGAUCCACUGACACCGCAAAUGUUCUACCCUGUGGAGAACUACGAACCGAUUCGUUACAAGGAUCGUAUGGCCGCCCGGUGUACGAUGGAAAGCAAUAAAAAUGUAGUUACUAACAUUGGUGCCACCAACAAUGAUGAAAUGUGCAACUUCUAUCUGAUGUACUACGUGGAACAGGAUGAACCACUGCAGAUGAAAUACUGCUUCAGUAACGGUCCCCCGUACUUCUACUGGCGCAACAAAGAGGCCGAGCUCAACAAUAUUCCCGACUACGACGCAAGUCAUCUGUAGAACGGAUGGAAAAUAGAUCCCAACCCGAAACUUCUAUCCACACUGAUAGCAACUGACACACAAAGCAUCACAAUACAACCGAUACCUGCAGGGAAGCAGCUCUAAACUGUGGUAGUUUUCUUAUCACUCGAAUCAAUUGCAGUCAAAUUUUAGUCUUGUUCUAACAAACCAAAUCAAUCUUUCAAACCAUAUCAACUAAAAAGUUUUAGGAAAGAGUAACAGAAAACUCGAAUAAUAGUUCUACGAAUGGGUCGGAGAAAUUUUAAUUACACACAAAACAAACUUUUCUAGCAUUUAUUCUAGUCAACAAACAUCCUUCCUGGCAAAGAAAAACUUACGGAAAAUAAAUAAAUUAUUGCCGAUGUUAACGAUUUCAUCUGAAUCAUUUUAAUUUUUGACUGAAAGCUCAAUGCGAACAAGAUUAGAAGAAGCAACAAGUGUAACCGAUGGUACAAGUAUAGGCAAGAUGUUUCGGUCCAAACGAACAGUAAAUUUGUUAAUGGAGUCAUCGGAUUGGUAUACGGCUGGAAUGACCCUUAGAGAGUGUUGUAUUUUGUAGUAUAUUUAUAAUUGAUUAAGUUUGCGGUUCAUUUUACCUACUAAACGAACGGGUGCUGUGAAACAGAUUACAUUGUCAGGAAUUGUUGAGUACUUAACAUACUAUUUCUGUUGGCUUUGAAACUAUAAUGACUCCUCUUUGUAGAUAUCUCAUACAGAUUUAAGGAUGACAGGUUCAAUUAUACAACUUUGAUUUUAUUUAGAGAAAAUCAUCCUCUUGAUGUGCAAAAAAAACCUACAACCACGAAAAAAAAAACAAAUUAUAUCAUGAAAUAAUCAAAUUGUCAGUCAAAUGAAAACCCCUUGAAGAGAACUUUAAAAGAUAUUCCGCCAUAAUCUGCACAGCGAAGGAAGACACGAAGACGGAACAGAAAAUAUCGACAGACAUCACUGAUCAUCACAGGAGUUCAUGUAAAGAAAAAUCAAAUACAGAACUUUAUUUCCGUACAGCAGUUUGACAUAAUGGAUGAAGAAUCAUCACAAAAUCAUAUGAUAGAGAGUACACCUAAUGUAGUAAAAUAUCUUCUAGUGGGAAAAAGAUCCUGUGAGGGUUUCCCAGGAAGUUUAAAAUAAUACUAAAAACUGCAGCAGAAGUCCCUUGUUCCUCUAUAUAAAAUGUAUGUAAAACAAAAUGAUUGUCGUGCAUAGCAAAUGGCAUUAUCGUAUAAACAUUGAAGUGGUAGUAAUAUGCUAGCUAAUGAAUGAGAGUAGUUACUGAGAAACUGAAAGCAAAGAGACCAAGGCAGUUACUUCGAAGCUGGUCACAAGCUAUGACCGUAAGAAUCAGAUAAAUGUAAUUGAGAGUAUAUACAUAUAUAUUAUACUAUAUACUGAAACCUAUGAAUACCACAUAUUAGAGCACAAUAAAUCCACUAGUAUUCAUA